AUGGACCCAGUGAAGUAUAUAUUUGAAAAGCCAUACAUGUCUAGCAGAAUAGCCAGAUGGCAAGUAUUACUGGCUGAAUAUGACAUCAUCUACAUGACAAGAAAAUCAGUAAAAGGUAGCGCAAUCGCCGAUCAUUUGGCCGAUAAUGCCAUUGAGGAUUAUGAACCAUUGAACUUCGACUUCCCUGAUGAAGAUGUGCUAGUAACAGAAAGAGAAGAGAAGAGUGAUUGGUGGACCAUAUAUUUUAAUGGCGCAGUGAAUGUAUCUAGCAACGGGGCAGGUGCUGUGAUAAUUUCCCCAGAAGGAAAGCAAUAUCCCAUCUCAAUAAAGCUGCAUUUUAGUUGCACAAACAACACAGCUGAGUAUGAAGCUUGUAUACAUGGAUUAGAAGGAGUAUUAGAGAUGAGGAUAGGGAAAUUAGAAGUAUAUGGAGACUCGAUGUUGAUAAUAUGUCAGUUUGCCGAUGCUUUAGCUAUCCUAGCUUCCAUGGCUACAAUUGGUGGUGGUGCAAAAAUUCAGCCUAUAGGCAUAAAGAUAAGAAAUUCUCCCGCUCACUGUGGUUCAAUAGAAGAAGAAGAGAACGUUAACCCAUGGUACACAGAUAUAAAAAGGUUCAUCCAAUAUCAAGAGUACCAAUCGGGAGCCUUGAAGAUAGAUAAAAAGACUUUGAGAAGAAUGGCUAUGGAAUACUACAUAGACGGGGAGAUUUUGUAUAAAAGGUCAUUUGAUGGGACCUUGCUGAGGUGUCUGAGCGAUUUGGAAGCCAACAAAGCCCUGCAAGAAGUGCAUGAAGGAAUUUGUGCUACCCAUGCAAACGGACAAAUGAUGCCUUUCGCAAUGUGGGGGAUAGAUGUGAUCGGACCUAUUAACCUGAAAGCCAGCAAUGAGCAUCUUUUUAUCCUUGUAGCGAUUGAUUACUUCACCAAAUGGGUAGAGGCCUGCUCGUACGCCCAUGUGACUCAGAAGGUUGUCAAACGGUUCAUCGAGAAAGAUCUAAUUUGCAGAUACGGUGUACCUGAGAGAGUAGUAACUGAUAAUGCUCAAAACUUCAAUGGAAAAAUGAUAGCAGACUUGUGCACAAAGUGGAAGAUCAAGCAUUCCAACUCAUCUCCUUACAGGCCUAAGAUGAACGGCGCCGUAGAAGCUGCCAAUAAAAAUAUAAAGAAGAUUGUUCAAAAAAUGGUGAUUACUUACAAAGAUUGGCAUGCAUGGCUUCCUUAUGCUCUCCAUGCAUAUCGAAUAGCAGUGAGGACAUCAGCGGGGGCUACACCAUACUCUCUAGUAUAUGGAAUGGAGGCAGUGGUACCAUUAGAAGUAGAGAUUCCCUCUUUAAGGGUCCUUAUGAAAUUAGGGCUUGAGGAGACUGAGUGGGCCAAGAUACGAUAUGAGCAACUAAAUAUGAUCAGCGAGAGAAGGUCCUUAUAUAGUGAAGAAGGCGUUUUCAGGGGGGCAUUGAUACUGACAAGAAUGGAUGGAGAAGAUGUAGUUAGGCUUGUGAACUCUGAUUCUGUAAAGAAAUAUUAUCCAUGA